UAUCUUUCUGAGAUAUAAACUUUACUGCCUAGGGAAACAAUUGGAUAAUUUUGCAAUAGUUAUCGGAUAAUCCAGAGUAAGACACUCUAGGCCUUGUUCUUUGUUCUUACCAAAGGACAAUACGAAAUGGAUUUAAGUCACUUGGUGAGGUAGCUAAUUUAGGAGAUGCACACGGACAUGCUGGGAUAUGGGAAGAUGUGUCCUGUGAAGCAUGGUGGCUUAUGUACUGCAGUGUUUGCUGAGUAUUCUUAAAGCCAAGAGUGUUUAAUGCCAAGAGUUCUCCUGUGUAUCUGACUGGAUUGUACUAACAAGUUUUUUCCCUCAGUGUAUUAUGAUGCAGUACUAGUUUUAAACAAUAGCCCUUUCAGAAAUGUACUAUCUUCUUGUCCCCAGUUGUUAAAUUAUUUUAUGAGACCUUAAUCCUGAUAAGGUGACUAUGAAAGUUUGAUUAAGUAGUCAAUUUCUGAAGAUUGGUUUUUAAAGAAUGAAUUAUCUCUUCUAAAAUAUUCUCUCUGAUUGUUUUUAGGUUACCUAGGGUAUGAAUUAAUACAGACUUGGAAACUCUGAAAGAACUUAGAAUCAGCAUUUUGAGAGCAGAAGCUUGGGCAUGCUGUGAUUUUCCAAUAAUCUGCUAUCACAAUGUCAAAAUGCAGUUCAGACAACAGCAACACAGAGCCCUCAAACACUAAAACGUAAGCUGUGCUAGAACAAAAAUGCAAUGAAAGAAACACUGGAUGAAUGAAAAGCCCUGCUUUGCAACCCCUCAGCAUGGCAGGCCUGCAGCUCAUGACCCCUGCUUCCUCACCAAUGGGUCCUUUCUUUGGACUGCCCUGGCAACAAGAAGCAAUUCAUGAUAACAUUUAUACGCCAAGAAAAUAUCAGGUUGAACUGCUCGAAGCAGCUCUGGACCACAAUACCAUCGUGUGUCUAAACACUGGCUCAGGGAAGACAUUCAUUGCAGUACUACUUACUAAAGAGCUGUCCUAUCAGAUCAGGGGAGACUUCAACCGAAAAGGAAAAAGGACUGUGUUCUUGGUCAACUCUGCAAACCAGGUUGCUCAGCAAGUGUCAGCUGUCAGAACUCACUCAGAUCUCAAGGUUGGGGAAUAUUCAAACCUAGAAGUAAAUGCAUCUUGGACAAAAGAGAAAUGGAACCAAGAGUUUGCUAAGCACCAGGUUCUCAUAAUGACAUGCUAUGUGGCUUUGAAUGUUUUGAAAAACGGUUACUUGUCACUGUCAGACAUUAACCUCUUGGUGUUUGAUGAGUGUCAUCUUGCAAUUCUAGAUCAUCCGUACCGAGAAAUCAUGAAGCUCUGUGACAGUUGUCCAUCAUGCCCUCGCAUUUUGGGGCUGACCGCCUCCAUUUUAAAUGGGAAAUGUGACCCAGAGGAACUGGAAGAAAAGAUUCAGAAACUGGAGAAAAUUCUUAAGAGUAAUGCUGAGACUGCAACUGACCUGGUGGUCUUAGACAGGUACACUUCUCAGCCAUGUGAGAUCGUGGUAGAUUGCGGACCAUUCACCGAUCGAAGUGGGCUCUAUGACAGACUGCUCAAGGAACUAGAAGAAGCACUUAAUUUUAUCAAUGACUGUAAUAUAUCUGUACAUUCAAAAGAAAGAGAUUCUACUUUAAUUUCAAAACAGAUACUGUCAGACUGCCGGGAAGUGCUGGUGGUGCUGGGACCCUGGUGUGCUGAUAAAGUGGCUGGGAUGAUGGUAAGAGAGCUUCAGAAGUAUAUCAAACAUGAACAGGAGGAGCUGCACCGGAAAUUCUUGCUGUUUACAGACACUUUCCUGAGGAAAAUCCAUGCACUGUGUGAAGAGAGCUUCUCACCUGCUUCCCUUGACCUGAAAUUCGUAACCCCUAAAGUAAUAAAACUGCUUGAGAUCUUGCGCAAAUACAAACCAUAUGAGCGGCAGCAGUUUGAAAGUGUUGAGUGGUAUAAUAAUAGGAAUCAGGAUAAUUACGUUUCUUGGAGUGACUCUGAGGAUGACGAUGAAGAUGAAGAAAUUGAAGAAAAAGAAAAGCCAGAGACAAAUUUUCCUUCUCCAUUUACCAAUAUUCUCUGUGGAAUUAUUUUUGUGGAGAGAAGAUAUACUGCAGUUGUCUUAAACAGAUUGAUAAAGGAAGCUGGCAAACAGGAUCCAGAGCUGGCUUAUAUCAGCAGCAACUUUAUAACUGGACAUGGCAUUGGAAAGAAUCAGCCUCGUAACAAACAGAUGGAAGCAGAGUUCAGAAAACAGGAAGAGGUACUUAGGAAGUUUCGAGCACAUGAGACCAACCUGCUUAUUGCAACAAGUAUUGUAGAAGAGGGUGUUGAUAUACCAAAAUGCAACUUGGUGGUUCGUUUUGAUUUGCCUACAGAGUAUCGAUCCUAUGUUCAGUCUAAAGGAAGGGCAAGGGCCCCAAUCUCUAAUUACAUAAUGUUAGCAGACACAGACAAAAUCAAAAGUUUUGAAGAAGACCUGAAAACCUACAAAGCAAUUGAAAAGAUUUUGAGAAACAAGUGUUCCAAGUCAGUGGAUACUGGCGAGAAUGACGUGGACCCCAUUGUGGAUGAUGAUGACAUUUUCCCACCAUAUGUACUGAGGCCUGACGAUGGGGGCCCGAGGGUCACAAUCAAUACAGCCAUUGGGCAUAUCAAUAGAUACUGUGCUAGACUACCAAGUGAUCCAUUCACUCACCUAGCUCCCAAAUGUAGAACCCAGGAGUUGCUCGAUGGUACAUUCUGCUCAACCCUUUAUCUGCCCAUUAACUCGCCCCUUCGCGCCUCCAUUGUUGGCCCACCAAUGAGCUGCGUACGAUUGGCUGAAAGAGUUGUGGCUCUGAUCUGCUGUGAAAAACUUCACAAAAUUGGCGAGCUGGAUGAACAUUUAAUGCCAGUUGGGAAAGAGACUGUUAAGUAUGAAGAAGAGCUCGAUUUGCAUGAUGAGGAAGAAACGAGUGUUCCUGGAAGACCAGGCUCCACCAAGCGGAGACAGUGCUACCCCAAAGCCAUUCCUGAGUGUUUGAGGGAUAGUUACCCUAAACCUGAUGAGCCCUGCUACCUGUAUGUGAUUGGAAUGGUGUUAACUACCCCCUUACCCGAUGAGCUCAACUUCAGAAGGCGGAAGCUCUAUCCCCCAGAAGACACCACAAGAUGUUUUGGGAUACUGACUGCCAAGCCUAUACCUCAGAUUCCUCACUUUCCUGUGUAUACACGUUCUGGAGAGGUGACCAUAUCAAUCGAGCUGAAGAAAUCUGGUUUCACUCUGUCUCUCCAAAUGCUUGAGCUUAUCACAAGACUUCACCAGUAUAUAUUCUCACAUAUUCUUCGGCUUGAAAAACCUGCACUCGAAUUUAAGCCUACAGAUGCCGACUCAGCAUACUGUGUUCUACCUCUCAAUGUCGUUAAUGACUCCAGCACUUUGGAUAUUGACUUUAAAUUCAUGGAAGAUAUUGAGAAAUCUGAAGCUCGAAUAGGCAUUCCCAGUACAAAGUAUUCAAAAGAGACACCUUUUGUUUUUAAAUUGGAAGAUUACCAAGAUGCAGUUAUCAUUCCAAGAUACCGCAAUUUUGAUCAGCCUCACCGAUUUUAUGUAGCUGAUGUCUACACUGAUCUUACCCCUCUCAGUAAAUUUCCUUCCCCUGAAUAUGAAACAUUUGCAGAAUAUUAUAAAACAAAGUAUAACCUUGACCUGACCAAUCUCAACCAGCCACUGCUAGAUGUAGACCACACAUCUUCCAGACUUAAUCUUUUGACACCUCGACAUUUGAAUCAGAAGGGAAAAGCACUUCCUCUAAGCAGUGCUGAAAAGAGGAAAGCCAAAUGGGAAAGUCUGCAGAAUAAACAGAUCCUGGUUCCAGAACUCUGUGCUAUACAUCCAAUUCCAGCAUCACUGUGGAGAAAAGCAGUUUGUCUCCCCAGCAUCCUUUACCGCCUUCACUGCCUUCUGACUGCAGAGGAGCUAAGAGCGCAGACAGCCAGCGAUGCUGGUGUGGGCGUCAGAUCCCUUCCUGUGGAUUUUAGGUAUCCCAACUUAGAUUUUGGGUGGAAAAAAUCGAUCGACAGCAAAUCCUUCAUCUCAAUUUCUAACUCCUCUUCAGCUGAAAAUGAUCAUUACUGUAAGCACAGCACAAUUAUAGUCCCUGGAAAUGCUGCACAUCAAGGUGCUAAUAGAACCUCCUUAGAAAACCACGACCAAAUGUCUGUGCCCUGCAGAACGCUACUCGGCGGGUCCCCUGGUAAGCUCCAGAUUGAAGUCUCCACAGAUCUGACAGCAAUUAAUGGUCUUUCUUACAAUAAAAACCUUGCCAAUGGCAGUUACGAUUUAGCUAACAGAGACUUUUGCCAAGGAAAUCAGCUGAAUUACUACAAGCAGGAAAUACCUGUACAACCAACUACCUCAUAUCCCAUUCAGAAUUUAUACAAUUAUGAGAACCAGCCCAAGCCCAGCGAUGAAUGUCCUCUACUGAGUAAUAAAUACCUUGGUGGAAAUGCUAACAAAUCUACCUCAGAUGGAAGUCCCGCAGUGGCCACGAGGCCUGGCACUGCUACGGCCAGUGCUGUUGACACACUCAAGGACAGGAUGGACCGCGAGCAGGGCCCACCUGCUGGGCUAUCCUCGAGGACGCUUGGCCCUAAUCCUGGGCUCAUUCUUCAGGCUUUGACUCUGUCAAAUGCCAGUGAUGGGUUCAACCUGGAGCGGCUUGAAAUGCUUGGUGACUCCUUCUUAAAGCACGCCAUCACCACCUAUCUCUUUUGCACUUACCCUGACGCUCACGAGGGCCGCCUUUCAUACAUGAGAAGCAAAAAGGUCAGCAACUGUAACCUGUAUCGCCUUGGCAAGAAGAAGGGCCUGCCCAGCCGCAUGGUGGUGUCCAUAUUUGACCCCCCCGUGAAUUGGCUUCCUCCUGGCUAUGUGGUAAAUCAAGACAGAAGCAACUCCGAUAAGUGGGGGAGAGAUGAAAUGACAAAAGACCGCCUGCUGGCAAAUGGCAAACUGGAUGAGGACUGUGAGGAGGAGGAAGAAGAGGAGGAGGAAGAAGAAGAGGAGGAGGAGGAGGAUUUGCCCUGGAGGGCUCCCAAGGAGGAGGCCGAGUAUGAAGAUGACUUCCUGGAGUAUGAUCAAGAGCACAUUCAGUUUAUAGACAACAUGUUGAUGGGGUCAGGAGCUUUUGUAAAGAAAAUUUCUCUCUCUCCCUUUUCCACCACUGAUUCUGCAUAUGAAUGGAAAAUGCCCAAAAAAUCCUCCUUAGGUAAUAUGCCAUUUGCACCGGACUUGGAGGAUUUCGACUAUAGCUCCUGGGAUGCAAUGUGCUAUCUGGACCCCAGCAAAGUUGUUGAAGAGGACGACUUCGUGGUGGGGUUCUGGAAUCCGUCCGAAGAGAACUGUGGGGUUGACACGGGGAAGCAGUCACUCUCCUACGACCUGCACACAGAGCAGUGCAUUGCCGACAAGAGCAUAGCAGACUGCGUGGAGGCCCUGCUGGGCUGCUACCUGACCAGCUGCGGGGAGAGGGCAGCACAGCUUUUCCUCUGCUCGCUGGGGCUGAAGGUGCUCCCUCUAAUGAAAAGGACUGCCAGGGACCUCUGCGGCAGCCAACAAAGGAGCCCUUUAGGGAGCUCCGCCACAGCCCCAGCGGCCGGCCCCCGCUCUGCAGGACGGACCGGCCUGGAAUACGGCUCCCUGAAGAUCCCACCCAGGUGUAUGUUUGACCACCCAGAUGCAGAUAAAACCCUCAACCACCUGAUAUCGGGCUUUGAGAACUUCGAGAAGAAGAUCAGCUACAGAUUCAAGAACAAGGCUUACCUUCUGCAGGCCUUCACACACGCCUCCUACCACUACAACACCAUCACAGAUUGUUACCAGCGCUUAGAAUUCCUGGGAGAUGCGAUUUUGGACUACCUCAUAACCAAGCACCUUUAUGAAGACCCUCGACAGCACUCCCCAGGGGUCCUGACCGACCUGCGCUCCGCUCUGGUCAACAACACCAUCUUCGCGUCGCUGGCUGUGAAGUAUGACUACCACAAGUACUUCAAAGCUGUCUCCCCCGAGCUCUUCCACGUCAUCGAUGACUUCGUGCAGUUCCAGUUGGAGAAGAAUGAGAUGCAGGGCAUGGAUUCUGAGCUCAGGAGGUCCGAGGAGGACGAGGAGAAAGAAGAAGACAUUGAAGUUCCAAAGGCCAUGGGGGAUAUCUUCGAGUCCCUCGCUGGCGCCAUCUACAUGGACAGCGGCAUGUCUCUGGAGACCGUGUGGCAGGUGUACUACCCCAUGAUGCGCCCGCUCAUAGAAAAGUUUUCUGCAAAUGUGCCUCGUUCUCCGGUGAGAGAAUUGCUUGAAAUGGAACCAGAAACUGCCAAAUUUAGCCCGGCGGAAAGAACUUACGACGGGAAGGUCAGAGUCACCGUGGAAGUCGUAGGAAAGGGGAAAUUUAAAGGUGUCGGCCGUAGUUACAGGAUCGCCAAAUCUGCUGCAGCGAGAAGAGCCCUCCGCAGCCUCAAAGCUAGCCAACCCCAGCUUCCCGGCAGCUGACCUGUUGUGAGCUUCGGAGCAAGAAGCAGGACUGAGGGGAGGGGUCCACACCCCAGGGAUGAUUGCGCAUUGGUCCUGAGCAGAAUGAAUCGAAGGCAGAAUCUAAAGUUUGUUUGAUAACAAGAUAGAUAACAGAAUAAAAACAUUUAACGUAAUGUAUAAAAUUUUUGGAACUAAUUGUAGUUUUAGUUUUUUGCGCAAACACAAUCUUGUCUUCUUUCCUCACUUCUGCUUUGUUUAAAUCACAAGAGUGCUUUAAUGAUGACAUUUAGCUAGUGUUCUAAGUACUGAUAGACAGGUUUCUUUUGUUUGUUUUUUUUCGUUGUUUUGGGUUGGGUUUUUUUUUGUGUGUGUUUUUGUGUAUGUGUGUGUUUUGCAUCUGUUUCUGUCAGCUUUGCUUAGCGUUAGAAGACCUUGGAGCUCAACGCUCCUCUAUCCUCCAGUCCCACAGAGCCCCAACCAUGCUGAGCUUGUACAGCGGUAGCCACUGAACCAUCAGGAGCAAGACCGUGCCCGGGCCGCCUCUGUCCACCGGCUGUGCUCGGCCGGUUGCUGUGGCACUUAGUAAUAAUAAGGGACAGUUUAGCCACCAUUGGCUGGCGCGUUGGUGAAUCAACGCUGAGUUUCCGAUGCCACAUAGUCCUAAAAAGGUUCUUGCCUUAAAAGUGAAAACUUCAUGGCUAUUCUUCUUUAAUUCUUAUUAUCUUUGGAACUAGUUGUUUUGUAUCUCCUUGAUUUGAUUAGGUGUGAGAUGCUGAGACCGAGAUGGACAGCUCACCGUACACUUGUAACAUACUGCAGGAUCGUGCUAGAAUCUGUCACGUGUACCGAAGACAUUUUAAAAAGCAGACAUCAUAAUAAAAAAUUAAUCUGGGCUAAAUAUUCUAUUUUACAAAGAAUAAAAAUAAAACCCUCCUGCUAGAGAAUUCCACUGGUGGAAUUUCUGUGGCAAAGAAUUUUGCCUGUAGGCUGUUGCUCUAACAAGUACCCGUAGACAUAUGACCCCUCAGAAUGCUGCAGACUUUCUAUGGACCGCUGCUCACUUGGAAGCGGGGAGCCUGCUCCUGCCUGCUCUGGGAGCCCCUCCCCAGGCUCCCGCCAGGUUGCAUGCAUACCUCCCCUAGCCAGGCCAUGCUGUCAGCGACACGAACUUUAACCUUUGCCAUAAACUGCCAUCGUUUUGAUACAUCUGUGAUUUUAGUCACUAACUUAAACUAGCUCAUUAUUUCCAUCUUGGGAAAAAGGAAACAAAAAUUAGGCUUUUGCCUAAGUUUCUUUAAUUAGAUGCAUAGGCACUCUUCACUUAAAUACCUCAGUUUUUCUUUCCUUUUUGCAUGCAUUUUUCCCCCUGUUUGGUGCUAUGUUUAUGUAUUAUGCUUGAAAUUUUAUUUUUUUUUUGCACUGUAACUAUAAUACCUCUUAAUUUACCUUUUAAAAAGCUAUGGGUUGGUCUUGCACUCCCAGCAUACCAGUGGAGGUUUGCUGCAAUUUGCCCGGUUAAUUAUGCUUGAAGUGUAAGAAAGCUGAGCCCAGGAGCGAGUGCAGGGCUGAGCACACGAGGCCUUCUUUGCCUGCAUGUCCUUCUGGAGUUGAGAUGAAUGCUGCAUUUCUGUUUUCAACUACAAGUGGCCUCUGUGCACCUGCAGAGAAAUGCCUAUGUGGAUGCAGACUCGAGGCUGCCAGCUCCCCCCUCCCCCCAUACACACCCCCUCCCCCGCACCCUGAAGGAGGGGGAGGGGGAGCUUCUUGCUGGUUGUUUGGAGAUCUCAAUUACUGAAUGAUUUUUUAAGCAAAUUAAUAAGUGACUCAUUUUUAAAAUAUUCUAAUUUUGAACUUUAGAUGUCUGUCUGAAAUUUUUUUAAGCAACAUUAACAUGAGAGAUCACAGCAAGUGAAAACCAAGCGAUUCUUAACCUGCAUAACUGUCUAAUUGCACAGUGGCGGGACAUCCUUGGUUUUGCUGCUGAGGUGGGGCUUGUGGUCCCAUCACAGGUCUCGAUUUAGAAGCCCCCGGAGGCCAGGAGCCAAGGGCUUGGCAUUGUGUCUGUACGUUUAUCUCGCUGGUUAGGGAGUCUCUUGCUUCUUGGCACCAAAAUCAGAUUGUUUCACAGUUAUGAUUUCCAGCAUGAGGAAAAUGCCUCAAUAUAUUUUGUAACCUUUAAGAAGAUGUAUUUUGUUGUUGUUGUUGUUGUUAAUAUUAAGAAGUUCAGACUUGGAUAUGAUUAGAUUAUCCAUUCUCAGUGGUGCAAAUUUCCUGCAACCAUUCACAAUGUCUUAUCAGCCUCACGUUUUAGUUAUUUCGUUGUUUUUAUUUUGUCAGAGAAAAAUAGCUGAUACUAAUUUAACUCACAGUUUGAAACAUUCUCUGAUCCCCUGGUGACCAAGUUAAAAAAUAACAAGUUGCAGUUAGACAUAGGAAAUGGUUCUGAGCACGUCGGUCGUGCUGUGUGUUAAUGCUGUGGAGUUUUCCCUGGGUUUGUUUGUUGCAAUGUUUUGCAUCUGUCAAGAAAAAAAAUGCCCUUCUCUGUAGCCCUCCUUUAGGACUGUGUGUGACCCUCUCCCUCUCCUGCUCGGCUUGCCCACUUUCCCAGUGUGAGGCAGAAUGUAACAUGGGGGCCAGCUGGUGGCGUGGCUGAGCCCCCGCCGGUAUGUAAGGACUGGUGAGGCACAACGUGGAAAAGCAAUUGCAGAAAUUCCUUGUGAUGGUCGUGUGCAGCUUACUUGGCAUGAACCUUCAUUGUAAAUGUCUUUUGUUUCUUUUAUAACCUACUUUUCCGCAGUCCUAACUAUGCUGCAUUUGAAACCGCCUUUCCCCUCUGUUCUGUUCAUGUAGCACAGGUCGGCAUUGUUGCACUUGUACCACGCUUUACCUCAUUUCAAGAAACAAAAAAUUCUUAUACCUGAGAGAGGGGAAAAAUGUGGUUUGGCCUUGCUGCUGUUUUGAUUUAUCGAGUUUGAAAAAGAUAAUUUUCAUGCCUGCAAUGUGUGUCAUAUACUUGCACAACUUAAGUCGGUCAUUUUUGUCUGUGGCAUUUAUACUGUUUGUGAAAAUAUGGCAGAGAUUUGUUAACUGAAUUCUUAAUUAUGUUUUUAAAAUGUUAACAUUUCUUUUACUUUAUGUGAAGUGAUUAAAUUUAGAAUGACCUCUCACACUCCUGUAAUUAUCCUCUAAAUACUGAUCCUUUUACUUUCUCAACAAUGGCUUGUCCUCAGAGACGGGCAGACGCCCUGCCCCGAAUGGCGAUGUGAGGGCGGCCCCUUCGUUCCCUUGGUUCGUUUCUAACAACCACUCCCCUGGCUGCCUGAAAGUCAGGGGAGGUCAGCGGUGAGGACGUCCAGCCCGGCCACGGCUCUCCUCCGGGCCUUGUUGAUUUAAACUCCCCUUGCUGGGCUAGGGCAUCUAAUCCUUCUGCAUAGAACUUGAACCAGCAAGCCAGGACUUCAGCAUCCUCAUGUAGCUAAAGCUGUGUUUGAGUCCUAGGCCAGCUGGCGUUGUCUGUGGAGGAGGAACUCAGGCCGCGAGUGUCACCUCUGGUUAUUUUAAUGACAUCUACUUAGGUAUAUUUUUCCAACUGCUUUUCUGGAGUUGAAUUAUUUCUAAAUAAAUUCCUUUAUUUUCUAUUGUACAUGAGAAGUUUUAAAGAUACGUUUAAGACCAAGAAUAGUGAGAUGAUUUUUCUGCGAGUAAUAAGAUGUAGGAAUUUGCAUUGGGGCCAUUGUCUUGUCCACCAGCCGUGAAGGUGAUUUUUUCCCAAGCUAGCUUGUGAGUAUUUUCUAACCACUGUUUGUUCUUGACGAUUGAAAUUCUGCAGAUGCACUUGGUUCGGGGCUGUCGCAGGUCGCACAGCAAAAGUGCAGAUGGAGAUGGGCAGGGAGGAGGAGCUCUCUGCUCUGCUCUGCUCUGCUCUGCUCUGAGCGGGGAAGGAAAGUGACUCAGAUCACGAAACCCGCGCGGCACUGCUCCAUUGUCACGGCCGCAGCUCACCCAGCCAGCACACGGGCAAGCUGCAGCCUGCACCUUAGGGGUCUCAGCCCCCUGAGCUGGGGGGCUUCUUGGGUUUUGGUUUUUGUUUUGUAAUAACUGUAGCCAAGCAAAUCUCCAAUAAAGUAUGGUCUGUUCACUUGA